UGAGAAAAUGGCCACCUCUUCUCUACAAUCCCCAAUAGCUAAAAGGCUUGAAGGUAAGGUAGCAAUUAUAACUGGUGGUGCUAGUGGAAUAGGAGCAGCCACAGCUAAACUUUUUGUUCAACAUGGUGCAAAGGUAACAAUUGCAGAUAUUCAAAAUGAUCUCGGAAAUUCAUUAGUAUAUGAAAUUGGCACAGAACACAUAAUGUUUGUACAUUGCAAUGUCGCGAUUGAAUUUGACAUUCAAAACGCGGUAGAUGCAACAAUUGCCAAAUUUGGUAAGCUUGACAUAAUGUUUAGUAAUGCUGGUAUAGCAGGUAAGCCAAUUUCAAGUAUCGUUGAUGUAGAUUACGAUGUAAUUAAGAAUGUGUUUGAUGUAAAUGUUGUUGGCUCAUUUUUAUGCGCGAAACAUGCUGCUAGAGUGAUGAUUUCGAAUAAUACAAAAGGUUCCAUUAUAUUCACAGCAAGUAUGGUGACAACAAAAUAUGGUGAUACGCUACACACUUAUGCAGCCUCAAAGAAUGCUGUUUUGGGGCUAUCGAAAAACAUUGGAGUCGAAUUAGGAAAAUACGGAAUAAGAGUUAAUUGUAUUUCUCCUUAUGCAAUCGGCACACCGCUAGCAUUGAAGGCGUUCGGAAUAGCUGUGAGAGAAAUGGUAGAUAAAUGGUUUGCUGAAGCAGGAAAUUUGAAAGGAGCUUUAUUGGAAGAGCAAGAUGUAGCAAAUGGAGUGUUGUAUUUGGCAAGUGAUGAUUCUAAUUAUGUGAGUGGUUUGAAUCUAAUUAUUGAUGGUGGUUAUAGUACUACAAAUGUAGCUUUAACUGAGGCCUACAACAAAUUGUUCCUAUCUAAUGCUCAACAAUAAUUGAACAACAAAUAGAAAGGCAAAUUGAGAUUUGUUUGUCUUCUU